CUUUUGUGACUGUGCUGAGAAAUAUUUGCACUAAAAUAGAUGUUGGGUUGGAAACCAUUGCCCUGUGUUUGUCGUCUUCUUUCCGCGUUCUUCUUCUUAUCUUCCGUCUCGGACCUUCGGACUCUCCACCUUCCUAUCCGAUGGACUUCCCAAAUUCCUCUCCAACCAUCACACGCCAUGUGGCCGCGCUGCCGAUACCCGGCCGCGGCCACAUCAACCCAAUGAUGUGCCUCUGCAACUCCCUCGCUUCCCUCAACGCUGCCGAUAGCAACAUCAACUUCCUUGUAACCUUCAUAGUCACCGAGGAGUGGCUGGGAUUCAUCGGAUCGGAUCCGAAACCUGACAACGUAGUCUUCGCCACCAUUCCCAACGUCAUCCCCUCCGAGAUCGGCCGAGGCGCCGACUCCCCCGGUUUCUACGAAACCGUCUUGAGAAAAAUUAGAGCCCCGGUCGAAGACCUCCUCGACAGGCUCGAGCCGCCGGUUGCUGCCUUGAUUGCGGACACGUACUUGGUGUGGUCGGUUGAGAUAGGGAACCUGAGGAAUAUUCCGGUGGCUUCUCUUUGGACCAUGUCCGCUUCAGUCUACUCCGUCUUUCAUUUCUUCGAUCUCCUCGUCCAACAUCGACAUUUCCCGGUAAAUUUGGGAGAAAGAGGAGAAGAGCACGUUGACUACAUCCCGGGACUUCCUUCUACACGUGUGGCAGAUCUUCCCACGUGUUUCUACGCCAAAGGGCUUAACGUCUUGGAUCGAGCACUAGAAGCAAUUUCAAGCCUGCCCAAAGCACGAUGGCUUCUGUUGCCUUCGGUGUACGAGCUUGAAGCCCGAGUUAUUGACGCGUUGAGGGAGAAAAUUCUGAUUCCUGUUUACCCCAUUGGACCCACAAUACCUCAUUUCAAGGUGGAGGCCCAGUCAAGGCCCAUUGAGGCUCAACUUAAGCCCAACGAGUCCCAAUAUUUUGAUUGGCUAGACAAGCAACCAAAAGGGUCGGUUUUGUACGUGUCACAAGGGAGUUUGCAUUCAGCUUCCAAAGCCCAAAUGGAGGAAAUCGCAUGUGGCUUGAGAGAGAGUGGGGCCCGGUUCUUUUGGGUGGCACGUGAGGAAGCUUUGGAGUUGCAAGAGAAGUGUGGUGAGAUGGGGAUUGUGGUGCCUUGGUGUGACCAAUUGAGAGUAUUGUGUCACUCUUGUAUUGGUGGAUUUUGGUCUCAUUGUGGUUGGAAUUCGACCUCGGAAGCUGUUUUUGCUGGCCUUCCAAUGUUGACUUUUCCUAUAUAUUGGGACCAAGUGCCCAAUAGUAAGAUGAUUGUGGAUGAUUGGAAGAUAGGGUGGAAGGUGAAGAAGGGUACGGGACAAGAAGAAAUUUUGGUGACUAGAGAGGAAAUUAAAGGGAUUGUUAAAAGGUUUAUGGAUUUGGAAAGUGAGGAAGGGAAAAACCUUAGGAGGCAAGCAAGAGAGAUUCGGGACAUUUGUCGGCAAGCAGUUCGAAAGGGUGGCUCGUCUUAUUUCAACAUUGAAUCAUUUAUAAGUGACCUAUCAAGAUGUGAGAAGCAUUGUUAAUGACAAUAUAGUCUAGUGACAUUUACUUUCUACUUUAUUGUUAGAGAUAAUAAGUUAGCAUCUUGAAUUAAAAAGAAUAAAGGAAGAAGCAUUAAGGAAA